AUGAACUUGAUAGCGAUGAACGACAAGGAUGAGAUCUAUGAGGAUCCUGAGUCUACUGAGGUUGAUGAGAGCGAGGACACGGAUGAUAGGGGAGCGAGUGUGGAGGCAGCAGUGAAGCAGGAAGAAGAGAUAGUCACCAUGGAGGCAGCAGCGGUGAAUGAUGGAGAUGGAGAUGGUGUCAACACUUUUGCAGCAGCGGUCGUGGUUAAAGAUGAAGCAGUAAAUGCGAAGUGUGUGGGAGUUGAAGCUGUGAAAGGGGGCAUCAUGGUGAAGGGAUCAACGGCGAAUGCAACUGCAAAGGGGCGAGUGCUUAUGAAAGAGGAACACGUUGAGGGGUACAAGACCCGAGAGGUGUUGGGUGCUAAGAUUCCGAGGAGAAGCGAGAGGCUUAAGAAGAUGCCUCAUGGUUUGGAUAUCAAGGCGCUCAACUUCAAGACACGUAAGCAGAGGUUCAAGGUGCAGGAGCUGCAGGGGAGCCUGUGGGCGAAGCUGUUGCUGCCAAUGACGCUGCUGCUGCGGGAUGAGGCGGCUGCUACGAGGAACGGUCGGCGGCGGGAUGCGCGGGUGGCGACGAGGGAAUCGUGGCGGCGGAAUGAGCGAGCGGCGACGAGGAGGGCGCGGCGGAGGGAUGCGCGGGCGGCGACGGGGAAGGCGCGGCGGUGGGAUGCGCGGGCGGCGACGAGGAAGGCGCGGCGGCAGGAUGCGCGGGCGGCGACGAGCAGGUCGCGGCGGUAG